CCCGCGCCGAAGAACGGACGUGUUGAUCCGUUCACCGUUCAUUCAGCCACGCGGUCUCGCAGUUACUAACAAAAAGCUUCAGCAAAAAACUAAGCCGAACUAUAACCAUUGUAAGAACUUCCGCAUUUCAAGUUUAGUGAAUGAAAAAUGAGUGAAUGAUUUUCAGUGAACCGUGAUUUUGAGGUCAGUAUGUGAUUUAGUUACGAAAAUUGGCUACGAGAGUGGGUCUUCAGAAAAUGAGCUAAUAGCCAGAAAAAACGCCAAUAGCAAAACAAAAUGAACAACGACGGUGUCACGUGAUGAAGCCACUAAAACAUCAAUAGAAAUAGAUUAAGAAACAGUGUUAGUGACUAAAGUGCUAUUAACUGACAAUUGUCUCAUAAAUAUUAAGUUACAGUGAGUGUAAGUUAACUACAACCAUGGAGUAUCAGAGACGUCUUUUGCUCUACAUAUCUAUAUUCCUCACGCUGUGUCUGAAGCCGCUAACAUACGCCCAAACGAGUACUGAAGUUGGACUGCAACAACCACAACUGACGCAACCGACGCAACCGACGCGAACGAACGCAACGACGUACGCGUGGAGUUCCUGGGGCGUGUGGAGUGCGUGCUCGCGUACUUGCGGCGGCGGCGUCUCUGUGCAGGAGAGGCAUUGUCUACCGAGAGAUACCACUAGAUGGAGACGCAGCAGAAAGAGAAGAAAGCUCGCUCGUAGCGCAGACCGGAUAAGACGCGCGCGUAACGCCGGCGUAGUCAGCGCGCCGGACUGCGUCGGCCUCACUCGCCGUUACCACGAGUGUAAUAUCGAGCCGUGUCCGGGUCCGGUCCGGGACCCGAGAGCGGAGCAGUGCGCGGUGUACGACCGCAGGCCCUUCCGAGGGAGGUUCUACACGUGGGCGCCCUACGUUGAUGGGAACGCGCCGUGUAUCCUGAACUGCCGACCGCGUGGGCAGCAGUUCUAUGCAUCACUAGCUCUAGUAGCUGACGGGACUUCAUGCACCAAGCCGGGCUUCAGAGCUAUAUGCGUGCAGGGCUCCUGUAAGGUAGUGGGUCGUGAAGAUGUCCUGGCAUCGACUGCGACGCGUGACGUUCACUGCGGCCGGCGCCUGGUGUCUGGGCUGUUCUCCCGGCCUCGCCUGCCGCUGGGCUACUCGUACGUGACGACCGUGCCGCGUGGAGCCUGCAGACUCAACGUCUCGGAAAUUGUCGCCAGCGAGAAUUACAUCGCACUGCGAGUCUCCAAUGGAUCAUACAUUGUGAACGGCGAGUUCGCAGUGAGCGCCCCCGGCACUUACGAGGCAGCUGGCGCACGAUUUAUAUACUCCCGAUCUGCCAGCCUCGACAAUAUAUUUGCGAUGGGACCCAUACACCAUCCUAUCGAUAUCAUGGUCCUCUAUACGCAACCGAGUCCGAACAUAAAAUACGAAUACCUCACUGACACAUUGCCAGAUGAAACCAGCAACGACAUUCCUACCGCAAGCAGCUUACCACAUCACCAACUACAAAGACAUCAUCGUCAUCACAACGCCGAAUCUCAUACAAGAGCUUUAGAUAAAUCCGGACCAUCGUUGUCAAAUACAGUGGAAUCUAAUUCAGUUGAAAAUCAGUAUCAAAGCAACGUGAUCGGUGAUCGAAAGUUCAUGUGGAAAAUUUUAUCUUACACACAAUGUACAAGGACAUGUGGAGGUGGACUUCAAAUCGGGAAGUUCAAAUGUGUUGAAAUUGGUGAGAAGGAUGACCGGGAGAUUUCUCCAGCCCAUUGCACGGGUUCUCCACCGCCUUCACGCCGCCGAAGAUGUGGUGUAACUCCCUGUCCUCCGCGAUGGAGGGCAGCUGCUUGGGGACCCUGUCCUGUCUGUGGACCUGCACAUCGGACUAGAAUCGUUGGAUGUGUGCAGGAUCAUGCUCGAGGAAUUACGAAGAUAAGCGAUCAAAAAUGUCCUUUACCAAUGCCGAUAAGUAAAGAAGUAUGCAAUGUCCCUAACUGCGACGGUACACCCAACACAGGGAAUGCGCCACGAGUCGACGCCAGACGUCAAGUGCGACCGAACGACCACGUCGAUACGUUCCGUGAUGGACCAGUUGUAUCGCUAGUUUCUAACGUAACGGAUAACGAAAUUAGCUCUAUGCAAGAUACCAAAUUUAGCUUCAGCGCUGUUGGAGGAUGGCUAUACACUGAGUGGUCAGAGUGUGUAGGCUGGUGUGUAGGCGGAGGAGUGCAAUCUCGCGGCGUGCGCUGCGCCGACCCCAAUGGAUGUGGAGCGAGUCGAGCUCCUCACUCUUCGCAGACUUGUUCGCCGAGGAAGCAGUGUGAUGCACAGUGGUUUACCGGUGAUUGGUCUCCAUGUACUAGUACAUGUGGCGGGCGUCAGAUCCGCGGAGUCAUCUGCAUCGGAAGCAAUGGAAGGAGGUUGAGAGAUGCCUCCUGCAGAGCGUCUAAACCUGAGACUGAGAGAUCGUGUGGUGGUGCCUGCGCUACGUCUUGGUACCUCAGUGACUGGGGAGAGUGCACCGGUCCGUGCGAGGCGGCUAUACAGACGCGCACGGUGUGGUGCGCGCGCGGCGGCGCAGAGGGCGCCAGCGGGGCGGCGCGGGACGCGGAGUGCGCCGGGGUGCGCCCGCCCGCCCGCCGCUCGUGCGUGCCCGCUCGCUGCUCCACGCGCCCCGCGGUCAAACCGGCCAUCAUCACCGCUGUGCCGUCAGAUCCCCAACAGCGAGUAACGAGACACCAAAGCCAAACACAAAACGUCAAGCAGCGUUCGUUUAGUACUAACGGUGCUUGCGUGGACAAGCUAAGCAACUGCGCGCUAGCAGUGCAAGCGCGGCUGUGCCACUACCACUACUACGGCGACAACUGCUGCCACUCUUGCCAUGGACGGUAGACGCCAUACAGGUACAUACCGUUGAGGGAUUCGGAAGAAGUUGACUCAUAGUAUUUUGAUACAGAUGGACACACAUUUAUUACCUACAUACAUGCUAAUACACAACUUAUUAAUGAAUACUAAACAACACGAGUCGACGAAUAUUUUUGUUAUAAAGUAUAAACUGAAAUCUUACAUGCACUUUGUAAUAAUUAUGGGCAAAUUAAAAAAAAACUUCUCUGAUUAAUAUUUCUAACUACUACUGUAAAAAAUAAAUUGACUUCAAUACAUUAAUAUUUUACAUGCAAUGUUGAUAUACAUAUAAAAACACUGAAAAUUUUGUAAAAAAUAUCUGCUCCUUCGCUUGCAGGGCUUUUGAAUGCUCAAGCAACCAGUGGUUAGGGCUCCAGAAUGAGGAACCUCUUCACAAUACAUGCCGUCUCAAGGGUUACUGCUUUCUGUAUGCGAACUUUAACCCAACAGUUAGGCGAAAGUUUCGGCUUAAUUCGAUUUAUUAUAUUAGUAAAUAUUUAUUAUUGUGUGCAUUUUUGUUUUUGUGUCUCAUCUCAACAAGAUAGUUUGUCGAAUAAUGUUGUUCAUUUGUAUCUUUUAAGUUAGGAAUAGUUUUGUGAUCUCCAGUUUAUAGAGUUUCUGAAGUAAUGUGAUUCGUUUGCCUUUCGUAAUAUACAUUUGGACAACACAAUUUAGAAGAAAACCGAAGCACCACGAAAGGCAAAAUAUUAGAUACGGAUUUAAAUAAGACACAUUUGGAUAACACAAUUUAGAAGAAAACCGAAGCACCACGAAAGGCAAAAUUUAAAUAAGAAUUUUCCAUGAAAUAUCUAUAGUGAAUGAUGCAAAAUUUUUAAUAUUAUCGACGCACAUAAUUAUAUAUUUCCUGCACAAUAGCUUCUCUGUUGAAUCACUGAAUUUGAAAUAAAUAUUAACUUUAGAGAUUCUACGAAAAAUUGUAUUAUAAGUUAGUUAACCAUUGAAAAUGUUCUAUAGUUUUAGUCAUUAAAUGUAGGCUAUGUUUUUAGAUUAUGGUUUUAUAGUAUUCCUUGAUAAUAUGAUAGUAACAAAGAACAAUAUGUUUCUAUUUGUAGCUUUUAGAUACAAUGACACUGUGUUCAUUAUUUAUUGAUUCAGUUUGUGUAAACAAAGAAUUUGUCCUUAAAGGCAGUGCCACAUUACGAGAUGAUAAAUCAAGGAGUGACAUUGAAUCGUUAAUUAAAUCACGAAUGCGUAGCAUUUCGAUCACGGAGUGUGCCUAUUCGUUAAUUUAAUUGUGAUUCGAAUUUUGAUUUUUGAUUUAUUGUUAGUAGGUACUCGAAGGUAUAUACGUGUCUUCUUUUUACUAGCUGCUUUUUAUUUUUCCUGAUAAAUCUUGAAAGUUAAAUUUGAAACAUUCUCCCUUAACUAACUUAAAUUUGAAAUUUUGUAUGCUGGUUAAAUUCUGGUGAAACAUAAAAAUAACUUAAAAUAGCAGCUAUUCCAUGAGGAUUUCCUACAAAAUGACGCCGUCUCCGCAAUUUUUAAUACGGGUAUGAAGCUUAGCAUUCAGAACAUUUUUAUAAAUUCUUGUUUUAAAAUUUAAUUUUUUGUAUUAAUUUAUUACUUGCAGUAAAAUGUUUUAGCAGAAUAAUGAUUUUUAAUAAAUAUAACAAUCAGUUCAGUCAGGUUAAAAUGCGAAGAUAUUUUCCAAAAACUAGGUUGAGAAAAUCUAAACUCAGGUCUAACCCACAUCCAACUCAAUAUCAUAAAUGAGGUUGAGUUAAAAUUUGGGUGGCUUAUUCUCAGUUUAAUAAUACCUUCGUCAAAAGUGAUACCUUCAGAUUACUGACAUACAAUAUUAAAUUUACCUAACCUAAAUGUUUUGAUUAACAAUACCUACUAUGUAAUUAGUUUAUGAAUUUAGCCUUACUUGGAAAAACAUUUGUUGCCUAGUAAAGAACCCACGUAUUUAAGACAUUUCUUAACUCUCUGGUGGGCCCUAAAUAGGUAUCCAACCCCCAGAGGGAGAAAUGUGGAUAAAUAAGGCUUCUUUUUACAAAAAUAAAUAUUUCUGUUUCCAUUUUCAAGUAUUAUCGCUUGCAUAACUAUUUAUAAAUUAAGUGUAACUUUAAUUGUGACAAUUAAGUGUGACUUUAAUUGUGACAAUUAAGUGUGACUUUAAUUUUGACAAUUAAGUGUGACUUUAAUUGUGACAAUUAAGUGUGACUUUAAUUGUGACAAUUAAGUGUGACUUUAAUUGUGACAAUUAAGUGUGACUUUAAUUGUGAUUUUAAUUGUGACACUGCUUUAAGAGACAAUUUUCGUGUAAAUAUUUUAUUUUAAUAUGUAUAGCGCAUUUAUUUACCGGCUGUAAGUAUUUAUGUAUUAGGUAACAAGUACAAUAAAAUAAUUUAAACCGUACCAUCACAAUUAUUAUGUUAAAAAUUGGUUUCUACUAAUGUAACAGCAAAAUACUGUCUGUACUAAUAAAGCGUGUAACAACGUACAAAAAUAAUAAGCUUUAAACACCAAA